AUGAUCGCGAGCAUGUCGCCGGCCGACCAUCGCGCGCUAUUCCAAAACUUUAAUUACAGGUCCGACGCGGAGUACGUGUUAAGAGUCGCCAAAAUCCUGUUGACGCCUGUUGGCAUUUGGCCACUUUACGGGGAUGAUUCUACAAUGUAUAAAAUUAAAUACUAUUUCCAGACGAGCAUCGUAUUUUGCUUAAUGUGUUUUUUACUCGUCCCGCACAUCAUAUAUACUUUUUUUGAUGCGGAGGAUCUAACAAGAUACAUGAAAGUUAUAGCCGCUCAGGUGUUCAGUUUGCUGGGUAUCAUCAAGUUCUGGACAAUGAUCAUCAACAAAAACGACAUCAAGUGCUGCCUGAAGGAGAUGGAAAUUCAGUACAGGGAUGUGGAGAGCGAAGAGGAUCGACUGGUGAUGGUAAAGAACGCCAAAGUCGGUAGGCAAUUCACGAUGAUGUAUUUGGUAUUAUUGUAUGGUGGCGCGUUGCCUUAUCAUAUAAUUAUGCCAUUGGUGGCGGAUAAAGUCGUUAAGGAGGACAACACGACUCAUUUACCUCUGCCUUAUCUCAGCGACUAUAUCUUUUUUGUGGUGGAAGAUUCACCAUUUUACGAGAUUCUCUUCGUCGUUCAAAUCGUGUUUAGCACUAUGAUCUUGUCUACGAACUGCGGUGUUUACAGUUUAAUCGCCAGUUGUGUGAUGCAUGCCUGCUGCUUGUUCGAGAUCGCUCGCAGACAUAUGGAAACAUUGUUAGUUGGUGGAAUUGAUGAUCUUCAUGAACGAUUCAAUUGGAUCAUCACGCACCACAUGCGAGCUCUCAGAUAUGUUGAAAUGAUUGAAAAUUCAUUAAAUAUCGUUUUUCUAUCAGAAAUGAUCCUAUGUACUAUUAUCAUAUGCUUUCUUGAAUAUGGUGUUCUCAAGGAGUGGGAAGACAGUAAAUUUUUUGGUGUAAUUAUAUAUUUUAUAUUAGUCAUUUCGAUUUUUGUAAAUGUUUUUACUUUAUCGACUAUCGGCGAUCGUCUUAAAGAAGAGAGUGGAAAGAUCGGAGAAGUGUCAUAUUCCAUCGAUUGGUACAUGGUACCAACAAAGAACGUAAAUGGUUUAAUUAUGGUGAUGAUCAGAUCAAACCGUCCGUCGACUCUGACAGCUGCUAAAAUGUUUGAUAUCUCUCUUCAGAGUUUUUGCGAAGUAUGUAAAACAUCGAUGGCGUAUUUGAAUUUUAUACGAAUGCUUACAAAGUAA